AUGGCAACAGGGCUCGCAGCCGGCACUACCGGCCUCACGUCUGGUAACGAUGAGUUUGUCGCUUCCCCUUCAAGCUCUGCAGAACCUGGAGCACAACCCAUGAACAUUUCCGGCGAAGCAGCACGACGAGUGACCUCGACCGAGUCUACAGGCUCAGAGGAUCCUUUUGCUGCUCAGCGUGAGCCAGGAGACACCCUGGGCGACAUGGCCGGCUCGCCACCGGCAGGUGGUCGAAAAUCGCAGGAUCGAAGAAUGAGUAAAGAAUGGGAUGCAUCCAAAGUCCCACCUUCACGGUUCCAAAAGCGAGAGGGCAGUAUUUUUGCCACGCAAGGCUCGCGGGAUGCCCAUGUUGGGCGUCAGGACCGGGAUAAGUCAUUCUUUGACAAGCUGAAGGAAAAGGUGCUGCACAGUGGACGCUAA